CAUCACAACAUCAUUCACAGGCUGGGCGGUAGGCAUGGCCGGAUUCUUUGAAUAUAUAUUUCUCUAUCAAGAUGCAGUGAUGUUUCAGAUUGAACAAGUCACAAAGCUGUGUUCAAAGAUUGCUUUAACUGAGCCAUGGGAUCCUUAUGAUAUUCCUGACAACUCCACUUAUGAAGAUCAAUACUACAUUGGGGGGCCUGGAGAUGAAAUUAUGGUACAGGAAUGGUCUGAUAGAAAACCAGCCAGGAAAUUUGAGUCCUGGGUUGGCGUUUAUACAGUCAAGGACUGUUACCCAGUGCAGGAAACCUACACAAAGAACUACAGCGUGACAACCUCCACCCGCUUUUUCGAUUUAAAGCUGGGUAUUACUGACCCUUCUGUGUUUAUUCCACCCAGCACCUGCCAGGAAGCCCAGCCAGUAAAGAUGAAAGAUGAAUGUUGAUUAUGGACAAUUGGUUCUGACAUGUAACCUGCUUUUCAAUCCCAUUGUUGCUCUUUUGGGAAUUCUAAAAUUUCACUAGAAAGGGAACACAACCUUUAAUUGAACAGAGAGCUAAGAUGUGUAACAAAAAGGACAUUUUAUUUCAUUGUUUCACUAAAUUAAACUCUGUUCAGUGAUUCACUUGUUGUGUUUGUUACCAAUGAAGUUUAUAGGCACUAUGUUAGCUGUGAAUUUUUUUGAAAGUUUCAUUAUUUAAUAUGUCAAAAUGCCAACACAAAAGUAUAUUGUGCUCUUAUUAACAUAAAGGAAAAGUUGAAUAUCAUUUGUUACUUCUGGAGAGAUUUGUGAGGUUGGUAAAAUACAGUCUGUUUAAGAGCUAAACUGUAACCAUAAAAUGGCAUAGUUUAAGCAGACAAUAUCAGAGUGAUUAAAUGCAUUCUCUUGGGUUUUUUAUCCUUGCUCUUAAAAAAAGCUGUCAGUCAAGAGUGUGGCGAUUUGAGAUUUUUGUGUUGUGUAUGGCUGUUUGUUUGUUUGCAAAGAACCAGAAUAACUAUUCAUAGAAUAUACAUGACUGUUUUAAUACUGUAUUGGGGAGAAAAUAAAAAAUUAAGCCAUAAUUUUUCUUGCAUUUAUUAAUCCCUCAGUGAAGCCUUUCUACAAUGUCUGAUUAGAGAUUUUUUUUGUUUUAUUCAUUUCUAAUUCAUGCUUUGUCAAGGCAUUGUUGCUUUUAAUCUGUGCAAAUAAAUUAAUAGAUACUGCACUCUGAAUUGCUAUAAUUGUUUGUAACACCUACAUCCAGAAGCCUUUUUCUCCCCCGCUCCUGUCACCUAACUAGCUAAAGCUAGAUUAAUGCAUAUAUAGCUCCUCCCAUUGCAAUUCAAAUGAAAGACCUAAAUGUGUGACAGGCGGAAAAAUAAUAUUUUAAAGCCCUUCUUUAUGGUAUGAUUUCAAUGCACUAUGAUCCAAGCACAAAUGACAAUCAUCUUUUGUUUGCAACCUUUCCUUUGAUCACUGAACACAUUCAUUGUUAAAUCAGCAUUCUAGAACAUUAAUAUACACAUGCAGCUAUUUUCUGGGGGAAGGAACAAGAGCUUCAUUUAAAUAAAUAAAACAAAAAAACCCCAGGAACUGUACAUUUUUAGCAGUACAAACAGAACAGGACAUUCAAGUGAUAUAGACUAUAUAAUUGUCACCAUCUUCAUGUGUAUGAAAUUAUAGUAAAUACUUUAGUCUUCUAUAAGUCUAGGAUCUUAUUUCAAUUGUUAAUUGAUUAUAUACAUAUACCUAGAUUUUCUGAUCCCUUAAUUCAUGUUUGCUAGUACC